AUUCAUCAAACUGCAGACAUCUAUCUUUUCUCACCGUCGUCUCACAGUGGCGUCCCGUCGUUGCACACACUUUCCGGCGAAUUUUCACCGCCAAUUCCUCAUAUUCCGGCGAACAAUCGCCACCGGCGGCUGAUUCUUCCUCAAUCAUCAUCAAUUUCUCCCUCUAGAGACUCAAUUUCAUACAUUAACCCCCAAAAUCCCCUAAUUUACAGUGAGUGUUUUCUGUUAUCAAUGUCAAUGUAGCAGAGAGCCAGAUAUUCCGAUUUACAGUGAUUCGUAUAUUAUCAGAGACCAUGGACUUUUAUGCAACCAAUCCUGGACCUAUCGAUGAUUCUGUAUUGUAUGAUCAAGAAAAGCAUGUUUCAUCAGCAAUUUGGGAGGGUCAGGAGCGUGGUGCACUAAGAUGUCACGAGCACACAUCAAAGCUCGAUCAAUGGGCACUCACAUCAAAACAAAUCGAACUAGUAAAACGAGCAGGAUUCGGCUACUUACGAUUAAUCCCCGCAAUCAGUCUCGACAAUCCACUCAUAUCCGCUCUUGUCGAAAGAUGGAGGAGAGAAACAAAUACAUUUCAUUUUACCGUAGGAGAGAUGUCAAUAACUCUCGAAGACGUCGGUUACCUUCUCGGGCUCCCAAUUGACGGUGAGCCUGUCAUAGGCGUAACUUACACCACAUGUGAUGCUGUUUGUAUGAAGUUUUUAGGCCGAAUCCCUGACUCUGGGUCAACAAGUGGUGGGAUGGUCAAACUUAGUUGGUUAAAAGAGACGUUUUCUCGGUGUCCUUUUGAUGCCCCAAUUGAGGAAAUUGAACGACAUACACGUGCGUAUCUUUUAUAUCUUGUUGGUAGCACGGUUUUUUCGACCACUACCGGUAAUAAGGUCCCGGUUAUGUAUCUUCCUCUGUUUGAGAACUUUGAUCGGGCUGGGAGGUAUGCGUGGGGAGCUGCAGCGUUGUCGUUUUUAUAUAGAGCACUUGGUAAUGCUUCUCUUAGAUCCCAAAGCACCAUUAGUGGCAGUUUGACUCUUUUACAGUGCUGGAGUUACUUUCGGCUGAAUAUUGGCCGGCCGAGGCUUAAUCAUGAUCCGAUCCAUGAUCGCUUUCCGUUUGUAUUUAGAUGGAAAGGGAAACAUACUGGUCCCUCAACCAACCGGGAUGUAACCUUUUAUCGUAAAGCAUUGGACUCUUUAAAGCCCUCUGAAGUUGAGUGGUGUCCGUACAGAAACAUUAGUGAUGCGCUGUUACCAGAAGAUAUACGGGAUAAUCUUAUUCUCGGAAGAUCAAACACAAUGUUAAUAUGCUUCGACAAGGCUGAACGGCACCUGCCAGAUCGUUGCCUGCGGCAAUUUGGCUUGCGACAACCUAUUCCUCUUGAUGUCCAACAAUGGGAAAGAAAGAGCCGUGGAGUUGAUGGCGGGGUUGACUUAUCUGGGAAAAUGGAAACCGAACUUAGUGAAUGGUCAGAUCGUCAUCUCCGUGUCGUUGAUGUUGAUGAUGAUGUUGAAGAAAGUCAAUACUUGCAUUGGUUCUUGAAAAUCACCCGCAAGUUGGUUGGAAGACCCGUUCCCAUCUCUUCUGAGUUUCAAAGAAUGAAUGCUGCCUUGAGGGACAUAGCAAAUGUAGCAGACAUGUUGUCGACACACGGGAUGGAUGAUCAGCAAAUGCACGCCGUGACUAGAAUCCGGUUUCUCGCCCAUGAAUGUUUGAGAGACCAAAUCGGAAGCAUGAUGAUUGCUGACGUAACCGAUUCCGACCUAAAUGAAGUCGAGAAAAAAAUACGAGGGAAAGAGCGGAUAAGAAGAAAAGGCACGGGUGUGAAACGUCGGCGAAAAGACGACGUGGGAUCACACUUUCAGAAUCAUUCAGUAUCCAGUCAGCAACAGUUUUGUAUAGCUACACCGAUUGAUAUGCUGGACCCCACUGCAUCCAUGUGUCACGUUGAAAACGAUGACAUGGACAUGUGUGCGGAUGAUUCUCAGUUAUGUUACAUGCCCGGUAAACUGGAUGAAUCAACGCAGCUUUCUGAUGCUGCAAAUGAUAUAGAUGACUCGAGUUUCUGUAGAACGGUUGAAGAAAUGGAUCAUAAUUUACUCUCUGAAAAUGGUGACAUUGGUCAGCAAAAUGAUUAUAGUGUUUUGGUUUAGAAGAUGAAGGUUAAACGAUUUGUUUGAUGUUUUAACGUUUACAACCUUUCAAGAUCUGUAUGACAUCAUGGUUAGCAUUGUUCACAGAAAGAGGUACACAACUACAUUUCAAAACUAAAAUUGGUAUCAAUUUGUUUAAAAUAUUUAUACCAUAAUGUUUAUAUCGAUAGCUUAUGUGUUCAA